AUGAUAUAUUUUAUAAGAUCAAAUGGUGAUUUAAGGAAAUAUAUUUUGGAUUCAAAUAGUAUUAUCACGAAAAGUUACCCCACAAAUUCAUAUAUAAAUAAAGGAAAAACAGCUAAAAAGAAGAUCAACAUGAUUCCCAUUUGCUUAAAACUUUUUACUGUGUUAUUUCUUGGACUUUCAUGUUUUUUUUUGGAAUGUUUAUUCAAAAAGGAAAACAUGCAAAUUUCUAUACUGAAAUUCAACAAAGAUCAUUUAAGGACUCUAGCAGAGAAAGAAUCUGAGAUUAUAAAUAAACUUGAAUACAUGAAUGGACCAUAUAACAAAUUUGAAGAAGAUUUUAAAAAAAUUACAGUUUCAUUAAUAAGGAAUGUAUUAGAAAAUUGGGAAGAUAUGUGUUAUAUUAAUAAUGUGAGACUUUCUAUAUAUGGAAGAAAAUGGGAACAAGAAAAAUUCGAUUAUUUAUUUAGUGAAAUACUUAAAGAUAUAAAAGAUAUACAUAGAAAAAUUUUCGAAGAGUAUAAAGAAUAUGAAAAAAGUUACCAUACUGACAAAGAAUACUCAACUUUUUUCAAAAAGAAAAAAAAGGAUUUAAACCAAUUUGAAAAAAUGCAAUAUAAAUGGACUAAUAAAUAUGAAGAAAGGUGUAGAAAAGAGUGGGAAUAUCUAGAAAGCUCACGUGAUCUAGAAAAAUUACGUAAUGAACAAAAAUCAUGUAACCUAGGAAAAUCAUGUAAUCAAGAUAGUCCACGCAAUUUAGAAAGUUUAAAUAAUCCUAAGACUUGCCCUUUAAAAAAAUUAUUUCAAAAAAAUGAAUAUAGAAGAUCAAGGAGUAUAAUGUGA